AAGAAGCUGAUUGGAUAAGCAGGAAACCAACCGUGAUUUGAAAUGUCUAGAGGCUCAUUUUGAAACGUCAGGCUCUUUACACGGUCUGUGGAACAUCAGCAGAUUAGAAACUUUCGCAGUGAAACUGCUGCAGCCUGUAUUUCUUAAACCUAGUUUCCUACUAGAUUGGAAAUCAUGCGUCACAGUUCACCGCGCAGCCGGCGGAAGGCCAAAACUCCCAGUCGUCGUGACCCACCUCCAUCUCCCACAGCAUCAUUCUCUUCAACACCAAGAAAAAGUGGUUUUUCUGGGAUUCCUCUUGUGUCUCCCAAGAAAAGGAGGUACAGACCUGGAACCAGAGCCUUGAUGGAGAUUCGUAAGUACCAGAAGAGUACCGAUCUUCUGCUCAGGAAAGCACCAUUCGCUCGCUUGGUUCACGAGGUGUGCCAGAGUUAUAGCAGAGGCAAUUUGCGGUGGCAGGUCUUCGCUCUUCUUGCCCUGCAGGAGGCAGCAGAGGCCUUCCUAGUCCUGCUGUUUUCAGAUGCCAACCUGUGUGCCAUUCAUGCUAAGAGGGUCACUGUGUUUCCUCGGGACAUUCAGCUGGCCAGGAGGAUCCGUGGAGUGGAUCGUCUGUAAAAUUCUCACAAUGACCCAAAGAACCCCAGCUACAGGAAAUACCUUUUAGUAAUAUUAACAAUUCAGUUAGAGACCAAGAAUCUGUUUUUUCUGUGACGUGUUCAUGAAUCUGGUUUCUUUUAACAAUUUCACCCAUUGGAAUGAUGUUGGCAAGAAAGAUGUGGAAAACCAGUCUUUGUCAGGCCACUGUGUUUUUUUAAUAUCAUUAUUUUACUGUUUGCUGUAGUAUUACUAUGUACAUAUUGUAUCAGCUGAAGUAAAGAAAAUGUAUUCUUUUUCUGUACAUGUUCUCUAUUGUAUGUUAAUGUAAAACUUUAAACAAAUAUAAUUUUGAGGCCAUUUUUUAUGUUCUGAUUUAAAAAUAAAAAUGAUGAAAUUUUGUUUUUUACUAUUAAUACAGUUUAAUUUUGUAAUUUUAACAAUGAAUCAUCUCAUUGUGCUUGAAUAUUG